CAUUAGGUGCUGCGGGAGACAAAUCCACAGAAACAGAGGUUUUACUUUUAGAACAUGAUGUACCAUUCCAAAGUUUCGCUUCUCAGGUUUUGAAAGAUCUGCCUAUUGAAGGUGAAUCGUGGAGAGUUACAGAAGAGCAUUUUCAUGGUCGCGCCGACCUAAGACAUUUGAAUGUCUGUAGUAUUGACCCUCCAGGUUGUACUGAUAUCGAUGAUGCUUUACAUGUUCGACCACUUCCAAAUGGAAAUUACGAAGUUGGUGUUCAUAUUGCUGAUGUCACACAUUUUGUCAAACCAUUCACUGCAAUGGAUGAAGAAGCUGCAAAUCGCGGAACUACUGUGUACUUGGUCAAUAAACGUAUUGACAUGUUACCUGAAUUAUUAGGAUCAAAUUUGUGUUCUCUUCGUGAAAAAGUUGAUAGACUUGCAUUUUCAUGCAUCUGGGAACUUACACCCGAUGCAGAAAUAGUAAAUGUAAAUUUCACUAAAAGCUUGAUCUCAUCUAGAGCAUCGUUAACAUAUGAACAAGCUCAAAUACUUAUCGACGAUCCGCGCAAACAAGAUGAUUUGACUAAAGGACUCCGAAUUCUUAACCAAUUGGCUAAAAAACUCCAUAAACGGCGAAUUGAUCGAGGUGCUAUAACACUAUCAAGUCCAGAAGUCAGGUUCCAAUUGGAUUUUGAUUCCCAAGACCCUGUUGACGUCGAAAUGAAAGACUUAAGGGAAACUAACGCCCUUGUUGAAGAAUUUAUGUUGUUAGCCAACAUAUCGGUAGCUGAAAAAAUUUAUUCAAAAUUCCCAGCAUCUUCGUUAUUGAGGCGCCAUCCUCCUCCAACAUCAACUAAGCUCGAGGAGUUAUCUAAUUCAAUGAAACCAUUUAAUCUUUCGUUGGAGUUCGAGACAUCAAAAGCUCUUGCAGAUUCUUUAGAUCGUGCUGUGUUACCCAAUGAUCCAUACUUCAACAAGUUGCUAAGAAUAUUAACAACGAGGGCUAUGAUGCAAGCUCUUUACUUUUGUUCCGGUACACUACAAUUUCAAGAAUUUAGGCAUUACGGUCUUGCAGCGGAAAUAUAUACACAUUUCACUUCACCUAUUAGAAGAUAUUCAGAUGUCAUUGUACAUCGGCUGCUGCAUGCAGCUAUAAAUCCUGAUGUGAAUUAUGGUCAAGAGCUGGUAGAUAUAAGUAAGAUGCAAAAACUUUCAGAAGUGCUGAAUCAUCGCCACAGGAUGGCGCAAUUAGCUGCUCGCAGCUCAGUAGAAUUACAUACGAAUAUUUUCUUUAAAGGAAAAAUAGAGCAAGAUGAAGGAUAUGUGACGCGUAUAUUAAAAAACGGAUUUAUUGUGCUUGUUCCAAAAUACGGAAUAGAAGGAAUCGUAUAUUCAUCAUCAGCAAGCACUACGGCAAAAUCUCCAACUACAUCAUCGGUUGUCUACAAUCCUCAUAACAAUAGUCUUGAAUCACAAACGCCUACUGGCAUAGUAUCUAUUAAAUUAUUUGAUCGAGUAAUAGUGCAAAUUACUGUAGAUGAAGAUUUAGUUGGUGGUAUGAGACAAAAAUUGAAAAUGGAAUUAGUUAGCCCAUUCAUUCCUGGUCUGAGCGUAUCGGACAAUAAUUUAAGAAAAAAAGAGGUUAGAAUAGAGGAUGAGGAUGAGGGAGGAAAUGGAAAAAGAAUGAGAAUUGAUAAUUUUUGA